GUUUGCGAACCGCAAAAGAACACGAAGAAGAAGCCAGGAAGUUCCCUCGUGUAGUGGUGUACAGAAGAGUGAGACAGGAGCACACUUUACCAGUAAAGAGAUAAAAACACAUUUUGUCGGAGGAGUCAGCUCACUGAAUAAGCUGCCAUGGCCUCCUACACCUGCAUCAGCUGCAGAGUGGCUUUCACAGACGGCGAGGUGCAGAGAGCGCACUACAAGACCGACUGGCACCGCUACAACCUGAAGCGCAAGGUGGCUGAAAUGCCACCAGUCACUGCUGAAAACUUCCAGGAGCGCGUCCUGGCACAGCGGGCGGCCGCUGACCAGCAGCUGAGCGACGCGGCGGCCACCGAGGGCUGCGCCGUUUGCAACAAGAAGUUCUCCAGUGCCAACGCCUACCAGAACCACCUGCAGUCCCACAAACACCAGCAGGCCGAGAAGCAGGCCCUGGCUGCCGCCCAGAGGAAAGUGGAGAAGAUGAACGAGAAGAACCUGGAGAAAGGACUGGGUGAUGAGAAGGUGGAUCACGACGCUAGGAACGAGGCCCUGCAGCAGGCCCUGAAAGAGCAGCAGAGGUCGAGCCCAGCCAACCAAGGGAUGGCCGAGACUUCACAGGGAGCGAAAAGGCAGAGGACGGAGAAGCUGGAGAAACCUCCCAGGAUGAUGUGGCUGGAGGAGCAAGCAAAGAGGAGAGAGACAGAAGAGGGAGCCACAGCUGCGGAAGAAGAGUGGGAGGACAUUAGCGAGGAUGAUGAUGAGAUGGAGGAGGAUGAAGAUGAAGAGGAGACGAUGGAUCAAGAGGGUGGUGACUCUGCGGCUCCGUCGGACCCCCAGCCGGCUGCUCUGCCUGGCUCCAUUCCCGUCACAGACUGCCUCUUCUGCUCCCACCACUCCAAGUCACUCAUGAAGAGCGUCGCCCACAUGACCAAAGUCCACGGCUUCUUCAUCCCCGAUGUGGAGUUCCUUGUUGAUCUGAAGGGCCUCAUUCGCUACCUCGGAGAGAAAGUCGGUGCAGGGAACGUGUGUUUAUGGUGUAACGAGAAGGGCCGUUCGUUCUACUCUGCAGAAGCAGUACAGAGUCACAUGAUAGACAAAAGCCAUUGUAAACUCUUCACAGACGGCGACGCUGCCCUGGAGUUUGCAGACUUCUACGACUUCAGGAGCAGCUACCCUGACAGGAAGGAGGGAGAGGAUGCUGAAAUGGACGAAGAAGAGCUUCCCCACGACAAGACCCUGGAGUAUGACGACGAAACGCUGGAGCUGACUCUCCCUUCAGGCGCUAAGAUCGGUCACCGCUCCCUCAUGAGGUACUACAAACAGAGGUUUGGAGCUGAGAGAGCGGUGGCACUGACCCACAAUAAGAACGCUGUUGGCAGAGUCCUCCGGCAGUACAAAGCUCUGGGCUGGGGAGGAGAUGGAGGGAACAGCUUCUUUCAGAAACCUAGAGACAUGCAGUACGUACAGAUGAUGAAGUCAAAGUGGAUGCUGAAGAUGGGCAUGAGCCACAACGCCACCAAGCAGAAGCACUUCAGAGCCCAAGUCAUGUUCUAAACUCGAGCUGGAGGAACCUAACGAGGAACGAAAUGUGACAUGGACUUGACAAGAGCUUUGCUGUUUCCCAGCCAACAAGACUUUGUAUGCAGAAUCAAGAACAGCUGCAGAAACGGUGGAAAAUCACGUCAUGACGGUGACGCUAUAUUGUGCUUUAAGUAAAUGCAGUCAUGUUGAUUUGAGGUUUUAUAACUAUAGUAAAGACCUUGCUGGGGAGGAAUAUUUACCAGCUGCUUGUAAAUCUUUCAUGAGCUGUUACAUUAAAUUUAGUCAUAGUAGGAAACCAAAUUUCAUCUCUGGACGGCUGCAUCACUGUGUGGAAAGUGUUGGUCCACUGUAAAUCUGUUUGAAAUUGACUUGCGAUAAGAAUCUAGGUGGAAGCGCUGUCGUCUCAUGAACAACCACCCAGGUGGAGAUCACCGGCAUGAUCACAUUUCUAAAAUUAUUUUGAAACUAUGGAUCAUGUAAAAGCUACAGUAGAUCAAUACUAAUCAGGUGGUUUUACAGUUUUUGGAAUCUAAUCAGUAAAAUUAUUAUUAUUUUUUUAAGUGAUGACAGGAUUCGUAAUACAUCACCCAAAUAAAUGUUUCAUUUUUAUGGAAUACAUUCCAGUCUUCCUUCCUUAAUAAUUAUAAAAAAAGUUUUCAGGUGGAAUAAAGUUAUUCAGUGCUAAAACUGCCAGAGAGGUUAUAGCCACACUGUCCUGUGAGGCUGUAACGCUACGUUCAAACUGAGCAGUCCUGUGUCGUUGUAAAACAGCGCGUCAUCCCACAGAAAUGUUUAACUUUGCAUCUUUUGCAAAGCAACACAAUGUAAUCCAGCUGAGUUGGCCAAUCAAAUGCAUGAAAGCACAUUUCCUGGUAGAUUUGCCUAAUUUCUACUGUUUACCUCCUAGAUUUUACUUUACUAGUCCCAGUGAUUCUUCCAGAGUUGUAAAAAUCCUAUGACGUGACAAACCGCCGUGGCAAUGAUGGGUGGCAAAUCCCGUCAUCAUGAAAACAUUGCGCAUAUAAUUAAAUGAUUGUUCCUGCUUUCAGCCGAUAAGAUCAAUCAAGUUAUUGUAGAUUUUUAUUACCGUCCAAGUUUAGUAGUAAAACCUGCAUGUUUUCUGAUAAGUAACAAGAAAUUGCAGUAAAGAAAAGCCAAAGAUAUAUUUGAGGUCAUCAAGAAACAGUGUCUUCAUUAAAUAGUUUGUCCACCCGUGAGGGCUGUCAAUUUUAUUUUUCAGUUUUUACCUAAAAUGUCACUCUUAGUGCAUCCUGAUAACCGUAACCAAAUUUAUCAAAAAUGUUCAUGUUAAAUUCAAACUGGCCAAAAUGUAGUUAUUAGAUUUUUUUAAACUGUCAGAUAUUCAUCACCUAAACAAUCCAGGAUGGUCUGGCCUUUCUGUUCUCACGUUAGGACUUUCCUGAACCUUCUUUCUUAUUUUCCCUCCUCACCUGAUCUGAAAGCUCAGGAGUUCACACAUUUUUAAUUACCACCAGCAAAACUACACCCUACUCUUCUUCACAGUGAGUACUCUUUACUUUUGGUACUUGAGUACUUUUUUACUGGUAAUAUGUCUUCACUUUUACUAAAUAAACAGUGAUUUUUUU